UGGGGUGUGUGCACAACAGAUCCUACCUAUCUGGAAACCAAAGGCUGGAGCCUGAAGAGCAGCGAGAGGAAAGAUGGACGGAGUAGGCUCCUUUGGCGCUGGUAGAGCAGGGGCUGCCUUCGACCCUAUUGCUUAUGUCCAACAGCCGACGACAAUCCUCAGAAUAGUAGCCUGGAUUUUUUCCAUAGUCGUGUUUGGGUCCAUUGUGAACGAGGGCUACAUCAACAUCGGGAGUGAGAGACUGUACUGCGUCUACAACAAGAACAACGAUGCCUGCAACUUUGGGAUCACCAUCGGCCUCAUAGCCUUCUUGGCAUGCCUCUUCUUCGUCGCCUUGGACUUUAAGUUCCAGCAGAUCAGCAGCAUCAAAGACAGGAAGAAGGCAGUGAUGCUUGAGAUUGGUUUUUCAGGUUUCUGGACAUUCAUGUGGUUUGUCAGCUUCUGCUUCCUGGCUAACCAGUGGAGUCGCACCACCCCAGAUGAGUUGCCCUUGAACCAGGGGGCAGAUGCUGCCCGUGCUGCCAUUGCCUUCUCCUUCUUCUCCAUUUUCACCUGGGCUGGCUUGACGGUGAGAGCCGUGCAGAAGUUCCUUCUGGGCACUGAUAUGAGCCUCUUCACCACGGAACACUUGGACGGCAAUGCUACUAUCCAACCGUACCCCGCCGGCACAGUCCCCGGGCCCGAGACCACCGACACGUACCAGAGCCCCCCCUUCACCGAGAACCUGGACUCUACCGCCCCGUACCAGGUGCCCAUCUACUAG